AUGCAAGGACAAGCACAAAGACCUGCCUGCCGCAGACGCAACCGCAGCCGAUCCCGCGGGGCCUUCCGUCGAUCCGGAAACUACAGUCCCGUCCUGGAGGCUCCCGUCGUCCAACCAGCCGUUCUCGCCACGAUCGUCGACUUCGGAGAGUCGGAGACUUCAUCCAGCAUGCUCGUGGCGAAUCCGUUGGUGACGGCGGCGAAGGAACUGAAGUUCGCGUGCCAACUGGCCCACGGAUCCCCAGUCGCAAUCAUCGAUCGGUGGUCCGACGUCUCCGAGCUCUACCAGUCGAUUGCUAACUGUUUCGGGAUCAGCAAGGAUGACAUCAUCUUCCUGACCGUCAAUGAUUUCAAGGUAACAGUCCCAGUUGAGUAGCAGUCCGGAAUGUUCUACUUUCAGGCUGAUAUGAAGAACAUGUUCACCGGAACGCUCAACUUCAAGGACAUGCUCUACGCGCACGUUCGCGGACAAGCGACGGAGCUGAGCGUGCUCAAGGACGACGCGAACUUCGGAGUCACGAUCACGGACAACGGACUCGGCAACGCGUUCAUCAAGAUGAUCGCUCCCGGCUCGGUGUUCGAUCGGAUGAAACCGGCCACUCAGAUCGGACAGCUGAUCGAGGCGAUCAACGGAGAACGCGUGCUCGGCCGGAGACACUACCAAGUGGCUCGCAUUCUGAAGAACGUGCGACGUGGCGAUCAGUGCCACAUCCGGCUCAUUUCGCCGAAGACGGCCGAGAUCGGAACGAUGAAGGCGCCGAAGAAGACGAACGAAUUGGCGAAGGGGACGAUUCGGUUCAAGUCGGAAGGCGGAUUCGCGGUGGAGGACAUCCAGGAUCAGAUGAUCCAGGCGGAGAUGUGCGGAAAGCUGAACGAACUGUUCGACCAGUACCUCGGAGUGCAGGACGACCAGCUCGCGAUGCGAAUCUGGGAGACGGCGGCCAACUGCGACACUUUGUGGCAGCUCGGCGAGGCGAUCAAACAGGUGAGCAAAUGAGUGCUCCGGCCGGUGGGCAAUAAUGUGUUCUCAGUCGGAACUGGCGAUGUUCGACUUCCCGGACGGUCUCGUCUUUGACAUGUGGGGAAUCAUUGGAGACCUGAAGAGGGAACAACGCAACAAGACACCGGCUCCCCUCAUGAAGAACACUGCUCCGCGCCCGACCGCAAUGAACCUUUUCAACUGA